UUAUUACGGACUUUGAAAAUACUAUGGUUCUUGCAGCACAAAAAGUUUUCCCAGAAGCCCAUAUAAGUGGAUGUUACUUUCGAUUUGCUCAGGAAUUGUUUAAAAAAUGGUCUGAAUAUAAUCUUGGAGUUAUUUAUGGAAAUGAGAAAAGUCAAGCUGGAAAUAUUGCGAGGAUGACAUUUCGACGACUAAUUUGUCUUGCACUUAUUCCAAUGGCUUAUGUUAACCGUGCAUUCUACAAAAUUGUUGAAGGUGCCAGACUUUCACAACUGGCAGAAUUCUUCUUUUAUUUCAAACAAACUUUUAUUGGACUGACAGAGCAGGAAUUUAGAAUGAAGGCAGCCGCUUUUGGAUCAAAUUUUGGACAAAAUCUAAUUUAUUCGGGACCUGAGGAGGAACAUGUUUAUGAAGAAACAACUGUCGGUUACCAAGAUUAUACUCAACAACAUAUACGCUAUGAAAUGCCGCCACCACCAACACAUUCUUCUCCAACAAUCAUUGUAACUACAAAUCAAACACCUCCAUUUUUGCAACCUUUGCGUCAUCGUCCUUAUUGUCCUUUGGAAUUUUGGAGUAUUAGUGAAAGAGUCGCAACAGAAUUGGUUAAUGCAAAUUGUGCUAUGGAAAUGGCACAAUUACAGAUUAAGCAAGCCAAUAAUAAGCAAUUAUCUUCAUUGCCAAAUUGGAUAUUAUCAUUUUGGGAUGAUUUUGAAAAGCAACGAGACAAUAUUCGUUCACAAGUAGUUUCAAAUAAAAAGAGAAAUCAACGAAAACAUGUAAUCAAAGAAGAUUUGGUAGUAAACACAUUAAAUGAAGCGUCCUAUGAAACUGACCAGGCAAUCUUAAAUACUUUGGAUAUGUUGUCACAUCAUGUCCAAGGAUAUGUUAAUGGAUUAUAUUUUGAUGUUAAAAAUGAAAAAGGACAAUUACAACAACAACAACAAGUGGGUGGUGAUGAUUCAUUGGAAUUUAAUGAAAGUUUGAAUAGUAGUAAUAUUAUUAAUAGUAGUGGUGUUGGGGGACGUAUGAAACCAAGUACUUCUUCCUCUUCUGCUUUUCGAUAA